AUGGAUGAACACGCUAAAGCCAUUUCAUCGAUCGACUCAAAUGUCGAAGAAGAUAAAUUUGACAUCGGCCGUUAUCAAGUUGACAGCUUUAAAGGCACGAAUAUGAAACGUGUACCUCUCGAGCAAUUAGAUUUCUCAAUUUACCACCCAAAUGCAAAUCUCGUAGCUUUUUCUUCGACCGAAGAAAGACUGCCCAUAUGGAUCAAAGCAAUGCAUCUGCGCUACAAACAUGGCUUCCUUAAUGACGGCAAAAUAAUCACCCACUGGGAAGAAGAAAACAACCCGAAUGAUCCCACGAAAUGUGACAAAGUAACAAUCACCCUGGCAUCCCAAGAAAACGAAAAAAAUAUAGUCAGUAUCACUGUUAUGGUCAACAAAGGAAGAAUCCAAAUACAAGGUCGCUUUAUGAAAGAGUGGGGUAGUGAAGAAUUCCCCAUAUUAAUCGAACUGAUCAAUAACCCAGACCUUAUGAAAAGCAACCCUGCAAAAAAUCUUAACAAUUUUACUGCCAAAACACUUUCUCAGAAAACCACCAACCAACAGACACCAGCGACUUCUCAACAACAUGAUCAUGAUCAUCCUAUUCCUUUGGAUAGCAGCAUAAACCAUUCACCUAAAGAAAGACCUCUGAUUAAUACUGUUAAGACCAAUUUGGCAACCCUUGAGGCAGACUUCAUCGAGUUUAAACAAAAUACGAACAAAACCAUCACAGAACUGAGCACAACCAUAUUCAACAAAGACAUCCAAAUUAAAAAUUUGGAAAAUGAGAUUACCAACCUAAAGACAGGGUACUCAAAAAACCAACAGUUAUCCAGUGACUUAUCUCUAAGACAAUCAGAAAUGGAAGAGGAAUUAAAGAAAAUGCAUCAUAAAUAUAAAUCUCUUGAAGAGAAAAACUCAAUGUUAAUAGGUAAACUGGCAGCAUUAAACGAGAGUAUCGAAAGCCGAAUUGAUGAUGUACCAAUUGAAUCAAACUCCCCUGCAUCGGAUACUGAUAUCCCCACUUCAAACAAAUUCCUGUCCCUCUCAGAUGAAUCCAUCAUCGAAGAACCUACACACAAAUCCCCCUCAAAACAGCAAUCUGUUACAUCGGGCCAAAACAACACAAGGAAUGAAGCCGAUACAAUAUUAAUUUGCGAUAGUAAUGGCCGACAUCUAAACCCUUCAUUAUUAUGUCCCAACAGCAAAACAAGCUAUACUCGAUGUGCCACCCUUGCACAGGCAAAAUCAAUAAUAAACAGUACUACAUAUACCUCACCUAAAUCCUUCAUUAUCCACACUGGAACAAAUGACUUAGAACACUCAGAUACAAAUGAGACACUCAUAAAGAAUGCAACCGACACCGUGGAACUUAUCCAAACUAAGCACCCAGAAUCCCACAUAAUUUUUUCAUCCAUUCUCCCAAGAAGUGAUGAAUUAGACAAGAGGGGAAUGACCUUAAACAAUAGUUUGGAGAAAUCAUUAUCUACAAAGAAAAACAUCACCUUUGUCAGACACCCCAACAUCAACUCCAAAUACCACCUGAAAGACAAGAAACAUCUCAAUGAUGUUGGAGUCAAGCGUUUCGCUCAGAGCCUGAAGCGUGCAUAUUUUAAGAAUCCAUACAAACCAAGAAAGAAUUUUCCGAAUUCUCAGAUCCCAUAUAACCGACCCUUCUUCCCCUUUAAUCCUCACCACCAGUCUACUCCUUUUCAUCCUCCUCACCCUCCACCAGCAAGUUUCCCUCAGCAAAGUUCCAACCAAAAAAUUCCUAACAACCAUUAUCAAUAUCCCUCGACUUACCAUCAACAAACAAUCCCAAAACUGACAACACUCCUUGGGAACCAAGAAGCAAGACUUGGAAAUCAUAAAAGUAAACAAGAAAUACCAAUGCAACUGAUACAACUAAUCAAGGACCUACAUAGGUAUGUUAAUUAACAACAAGUCAUAUAACAUAAGAAUGACAUUUAAUGGUUAUAAGACAAUUAUGCAACACUUGAGUAUAAUGAACUUAAUUAUCUUCUAUAUACUUCCCCUUCUCUUCAAAUUAUUACUUUGAAAUUUUGAUAACCUAAUAUUUAGUAUAUUAGAAAAUGCC